CUCGUUUUGACAUUCCCGGCACAUGUGAAAAUGGCAGAAAGUGGAGAAAAACUCAGUAAAAAUGAGCUGAAGCGUCGGCUGAAGGCUGAACAAAAGGCAAAGGAGAAAGCCGAGAAAGCUGCCCAGGCUGCUGAAGCUAAGAAGAAUGAACCAAAACCUGCAGAAGGCGAGGGAACACAGAGAAAGAAACCUGAGAAUGAGGAGGAAAUUGACCCAAAUGAGUAUUUUAAAUUAAGGAGCCAAGCUGUUGCUAACCUAAAGACAGCAGGGGAGGAGCCAUACCCUCACAAAUUCCAUGUCUCAAUGUCUCUCACUGAAUUCAUAGAGAAAUACAAUAAUAUUGCUGAUGGGGACAUUGUCAAAGAUGUUGAAGUUAGGCUCUCAGGACGCCUCCAUGCCAAAAGGGAAUCAGGAGCCAAACUGAUAUUUUAUGACCUUAGGGGCGAGGGCGUAAAAAUACAAAUCAUGUCAAAUGCAAGGCAUUUUCCAUCAGAAGAUGAAUUUUACAAAUGCAAUGACAAGUUACGUCGGGGAGACAUCGUAGGAGCAGUAGGGAACCCAGGCAAGACAAAGAAGGGAGAAUUGAGUAUCAUUCCCUCACAGUUACUGCUUUUGUCUCCUUGUUUACAUCAGCUUCCUCAUCUCCAUUAUGGUCUCAAAGAUAAGGAAACAAGGUUCAGACAACGUUAUCUUGAUCUCAUCAUAAAUGAAGACGUCAAAAUGAAAUUCAUAGUCAGAGCCCAGAUAAUCAACCAUAUACGAAAGUUUCUAGAUGGCUUAGGAUUUUUAGAGAUUGAAACUCCAAUGAUGAAUAUGAUCCCAGGUGGCGCCACUGCAAAGCCAUUUAUCACCCAUCACAAUGACCUGAAUAUGGACCUAUAUAUGAGGGUCGCACCAGAGUUGUAUCAUAAGAUGCUCAUAGUUGGUGGAAUUGAUCGUGUGUAUGAAAUUGGAAGACAGUUUAGAAACGAGGGUAUUGAUUUGACCCAUAACCCUGAGUUCACGACAUGCGAGUUCUACAUGGCGUAUGCCGACUACAAUGAUCUUAUGACCAUCACUGAAGAAAUGGUCUCAGGUAUGGUGAAGAGGAUCACAGGAGGCUACAAAGUGGUCUACCACCCAGAUGGUCCAGAGGGUAAAGCUGAAGAGAUUGACUUCACUCCACCUUUCAGGAGGUUUGAUAUGAUCAAAGACCUCGAGAAGGCUCUUAAUGUGCAAUUUCCUCCAGCAGAUACUUUACAUACAAAAGAAACUAAUAAGUUCCUGGAUGACCUAUGCAAGAAACAUGAUGUGGAAUGUACCAAUCCUAGAACAACCGCUCGUCUGCUGGACAAACUAGUAGGCGAUUUCCUUGAAGUACAAUGUGUCAACCCCACAUUUAUAACCAAUCAUCCACAAAUCAUGAGCCCACUAGCCAAGUGGCACAGAUCUAUUAAGGGUUUGACUGAAAGGUUUGAGCUGUUUGUCAUGAAGAAAGAGAUCUGUAAUGCAUACACAGAGUUGAACGAUCCAGUCGUCCAAAGGGAAAGAUUUGAACAACAGGCUAAAGACAAGGCAGCAGGAGAUGAUGAAGCCAUGUUCGUGGAUGACAACUUCUGUACAGCAUUAGAGUAUGGUCUACCCCCAACAGCUGGCUGGGGAAUGGGAAUAGACAGAGUGACCAUGUUCCUUACAGACUCCAACAAUAUCAAGGAAGUGUUAUUCUUCCCAGCGAUGAAACCAGAUGAUGGUGGUCCAAAGGACGAGGCAGAAAAACCACAGGAAGCUGCCCCUCAAUAAUCAAAGGACAAGGCUCAAAAUGCACAAAUAGCUGCCCAAAAUAGUGAAAGAGUUUUCAAAAUGGACAUGUAAAUUAUUCUGUUUCAUUCUGUGUAACUUACAAGUAGCAGAACUUUGACAUGAUACUUCUCUAGCACUAUUCAAAAAUAUUAGUCCAUUAAUAUUAUCAAUUACUUACACUCCAAAGAAGACACCCU